CUUUUGUCAACUCAACUGAGAGAGAAGUCACGCUGUUCAGUGUUCCCUCACUGCAUCUGCGCUCUCCAUAGCUCUACCUUCGCGCCCGCUCCAAGGCGUCCGCAUGGUCCUAAGCCACCCCCUGAACUUCGAGAACAAACACGCUCUCUUUUCUCUCCAAUUUGAGCAAGAUUGACAGCGCUCUAAAUAAAUGAGGAUGGGGGGAGGGGCUAUUAAGGGUGGCCAGUCAUAUUUCAUAUACCUGGCCAGAUAAAUAAUUAUCGUUCAAGUGAUUAUCACUGAAGUGAAAGAAGAGAGCCAACAGAGACACUACUAGAGGCAAACACACAGUCAGUUAACCAUUGUGAGAGACAGAGAAAGAGAGGUCGAGGUAGUACACUUCUUGUUGAGACUUUUCACUCAUAACUCACAGGAUCCAGCAUCCUAGCUGAGUCCAGACUGGAGCCAUGUCUCCAGUGAAGGAAAGCAAUGGUCUCGAAAAUGACACAUUUGCUGUGAAUUCAUGGGCAUUUCUGUGAGCUGAAGAAUGAUGGAGAGGGCUCCGACCUCUCUGAGGAGUAUGACAAGAACAAGCUGGCCUACUGUGUCACAGACGUCCCAGCCUUGGACCUAUGCAUAAUCCUGGGCAUCCAGCAUUUACUGACAGCGUUUGGGGGGAUCAUCGCCAUCCCUCUGAUCCUGUCUCAGGGUCUGUGUCUGCAGCACGAUGGCCUGACCCAGGGUCACCUCAUCAGCACCAUCUUCUUUGUGUCAGGCAUGUGCACCCUGCUGCAGGUCACCUUCGGAAUCAGACUGCCCAUUGUUCAGGGGGGUACCUUUGCCUUUCUAGCUCCCUCCAUGGCUAUGCUGUCAAUGCCAGAGUGGACAUGCCCUGCCUGGACCCAGAACGCUUCCCUGGUCAACACCACCUCUCCUGAGUACAUAGAUGUGUGGCAGAGCCGCAUGCGAGAGCUGCAGGGCUCCAUCAUGGUGGGCUCUUUGUUCCAGGUGCUGGUGGGUUUCUCUGGCCUCAUCGGUUUCUUCAUGCGUUUUAUUGGCCCCCUCACCAUCGCACCCACCAUCUCUCUGAUUGGCCUGUCCCUGUAUGACUCAGCUGGAAUGAGCGCAGGGAACCACUGGGGCAUCUCCACUAUGACGACUGCUCUGAUCAUCCUGUUCUCCCAGUACCUCCGACACAUCCCUGUACCAUUCCCCACAUACAACAAGACCAAGAAACUCCACACCUCCAGGAUCUACAUCUUCCAGCUUCUACCUGUGCUCCUUGGCAUCACACUGUCAUGGCUGAUCUGUUACAUCUUCACCAUCUCUAAUGUCCUGCCCUCAGAGCCGGAGCAGUACGGCUACCUGGCUCGCACAGACCUGAAGGGGGAUGUCAUAGGCCAGGCCCCCUGGUUCAGAUUCCCAUAUCCAGGUCAGUGGGGUUUGCCAACUGUGAGCCUGGCGGGAGUGGUAGGGAUCUUGGCUGGGGUGUUAUCCUCCAUGAUAGAGUCGGUGGGGGACUACCACGCCUGUGCCAGGCUAUCCGGGGCCCCUCCACCCCCUAAGCAUGCCAUCAACAGGGGCAUUGGCAUUGAGGGGAUUGGCUGUCUGCUGGCUGGGGCCUGGGGCACAGGCAACGGAACCACCUCCUAUAGUGAGAAUGUGGGUGCACUGGGCAUCACCAAGGUGGGCAGUCGCAUGGUGAUCGUUACUGGUGGGGUAUUGAUGAUCAUCAUGGGACUUUUCUGUAAAAUUGGAGCCAUUUUCACCACCAUCCCCACACCUGUGAUUGGAGGAAUGUUCUUGGUCAUGUUCGGGGUCAUAUCUGCAGCUGGAGUUUCAAAUCUGCAGUAUGCAGACAUGAACUCCUCCCGGAACGUGUUUAUCUUUGGAUUUUCCAUGUUUACCGGGCUUGUCAUUCCAAACUGGAUAUUCAAGAACCCAGAUGCCAUAGCAACAGGUGUGGUCGAGCUGGACCAACUGCUGCAGGUGCUUCUGACAACCAGCAUGUUUAUUGGAGGCUUCUUUGGGUUCUUCCUUGACAACACCAUUCCAGGCACCCUGCGGGAGCGGGGCAUCAUAGACUGGAACAAGAUCUCCCUUGAUGACUCCAGCAACACCUUGGAGAGCAGUGAGGUGUACAACCUUCCAUUUGGAAUUAGCUCUUGUCUCUCCUCCUUCUCCUGGGUUCGAUAUGUGCCAUUCCUCCCUCCAAAUGCACCAAGCUCACAGGACAAGGCCAAGGUGGACUCUUUGGCGACCAAGCAGCAGCCUGUGAAGCCAGAGCUUAUAAGAUCAGUGGCCCUAUGAACACUGUGCAGGACCAGACACUGGCUAAAACAACAACAAUACGAGAGCCAGCUCUCGUGACAUGGUCCUCCCGUUCUGUUCUAUUUCGGCUAAUAUUUUAUACUCAUAUCUUGUAAAGAUUUGAUUAUGCAUUUUAUAAAUUAACUUUUGGCAGGAAUAUUUUGGCAUUUGUGUGGUGUAAAUACAUUUUUGUUGUGAUACAUCUUUUUUUUACAGUAAAGUGUUGUAAAAUCUUUUUAAAAAAGAACACACUGUAUAGGCUGGGUUUCUGUACAGCACUUUGAGAUAUCAGCUGAUGUAAAAAGGGCUAUAUAAAUACAUUUGAUUUGAUUUGAAAUUUGAUUUGAUAUAAUAAUUUGACUAAAAUCACUUUCUAAAGAUUAAAAAAUAUAUAUAUCUGUAAAUAUACUGAUUUUUCAGAAUUAAAUGUCCAAGUGUGUUCAGGGUAGCACUAGUAAUAAACCUUUCCAAGAGUUUUAAAUAAUAACAAAAAUCUAAACUGCAAUUUGAUUAAAAUGUAUCUCAAACUGUAAUUUUGAUUCUGUGAUACAAUAGUACAAGGGUAGCCAAUGAAAUCAUUCUUGACACUACCUAUAAUGAUUAAUACAAACGUUUUGAGAAAUGGAGACCAAUGGAGCCCUGGAAAUGAAGACAACAAUAUGUAUCAGUAUAGUAUCAAUCCACAACAUAGAGCUAUCAUUUAUCUAUGAGGUUUUUCCUCAGCUGUCACUGUCCGGUCCUGCUUAAUGGCUCUGUACAAGCUGAGAAAGAACUCUGCCAGUGGUCAGCACAGUGCACUCAAAGUCCUCCAGGCGUAGGUGGCUCAUGUGAUUGGAAAGAUCAGAGGUCAGGAGACAGAUAUCCACAGAAAAUGUCUCACCUCAAAGAGUAGAUUUACAUCCUCUAUAGUGUUCUGAAAGGUGGGGUUCACCGUUGAUACCAUCUCUCUCUUCACUCUAACAGCUGAUGGGUAAAGGGCUGAAUGAGGGAGAGAGAGAAAGAAUUUUAACUAUUUUCUCCAAGUCUUGCCAAAGGUUUCAUCAUGUGAUGUGCUGCAGACCAUGUGGUUUGAACCAUAUUUAUUGCAUUUUAAGAUUUGUCUAGAAAAGGCUAAUAACAUACAGCGAACGUCAUACUCUAUAAAUGGGUUAUAAACAUAGUGUGUUAUUCUCACAGGGGAAAUACAAAGAAAUGGCUUGCUUUGUGUCACACUCCAAUUCAAGGAGUUGCCAAAUUGAAUGUGGUUUCUCCUCUUAGCCCUAUUAGUAAUACCUCAGUCUAUGUGAGGAUGUGAAAUUCUUUCUAUAUGAGUGAAUCUAGUGAAACAUUAUUCAUGUAAAAGGGGAGGUUGUCUUUAUGCUGUUUCAAUAAAAGUCAGCCAUGUCCAAA